GCUAAAAUCUCUUUUUAAGACACUUUUCUACUUAAAAGUGUCCAAAAACAUUCAAGAAUUCUUCCGGGAUGGCUAGAAGAUACUUUGGGGAAAUAUUAGAUGCUUGCUUCAUCAGUGAGUAAGAAGGGAAAAGUCGAAUUUGAGUUGAGAAAUCAGUUUUGGAUGUGAAAAUUUAUUAAGUUUUGUGACUAAAAGAAGGGAAAUUGGAAAUCGAUGAUCGGAUAGCAAGGAAAAGAUACGUUGGAAGAAAUUUGAAAAAUUUCUUUUAAAUCUGGAGGAGGUACAUGCAUAGUUUUUCGGCAUGGCGCCAAACGUCGACCAACCGGUAAAAAAAUCACCAGAGUUGUCAGAAUGUUCUCCACUUCUGGAGAACAAAAUUCCAUCAAACAACUACGACAGUACAACACAAUCACCAUUAGAAGGCAACCAACAAAAACCAAUUUUUAAAAAUUCAGAAGAUAUAGAAGGUCAAUAUUUGUACACUAAAACCAGCUGCAAAUGUAAAGGAAGAUUUUUCUCCAUCGGAGCCAUUGGAUUGAUUUUUUUGGGAGGCAUGACUGUGGGAUGUUAUCUUCUGAACCAGUAUGAUCACGAAUGGGUAACCAACACACCAUUCGAACUAGUUGACAGAAGAAAUUGGCAACUUCUAGAAUUUCUACCACGUGUACGAAUUUCCAGAAGUGAAACCAAAUCUAAGGAUGAAGAUCAAUUAUCCAGGACAUCAGGAUGGGAAUCGUCUUCAGCAUCUGGAAGUACUGAAAAAAAUAACAAGUCGAAGGAUGGUUUACCAUUGUUUCAAGAAGUUGUUUUCGUGGAACCAGAAAAUUCAACUGGUGUGAUGGAUCCAGGAACUGGGAAAACUGGGAAAUUUGGGAAAAGGAGAAGGAUGCAACCAGCUACUUAUGUUGUGAUUGCACAUACUGAAGGACCAACUUGUUAUAAAAAGGAACAUUGUUUGCAGAUUUUGCGACAGUUGCACGCUAAAAGUAUAUCUGUAAUGGGUCUUUUGGAUAUUCCAUACAAUUUUCUGAUUGGCGGAGAUGGUCAUACUUAUGAAGGAAGAGGUUGGCAUGAUCAUGAUGCCCUAAAACACUCUCUAAAAAAUCAUACCACACUCAGUGUUGCUUUAAUAGGCGAUUUCACCCAUGACCUACCUCCCAAAAAACAACUGGAAGAAGCAAAAGCAUUUAUCAUAGAAUCAAUCAGAAGAAGAAAACUAUCACCAAAUUACUAUUUAGUUGGACACAGACAAAUCAACAAAAACACCAAAUCACCAGGAGAUGCCUUGAUGGAAGAAAUUACCGGUUGGAGACAUUGGCAACCAUGAUCGAAAAACUAUUGCUAUAAUUAUGUAAUCAAAAAAAGGAAUUUAAGACUGUUGAAUUUUGAUUUGAUUUUUGGAAAUUUUUGGACCAAUACUCGGAUAAAAUAGUAAUGUUAUGGUACCA